UUCUGGGUGACUACUUACGGGUGCCUCACGUGACAAAUCAGAACCAGCUGAUAUUCCCACACCAACCUUUCCACGAUGACUUUCUGGAUACGAUGAGGAAAGUAUUCAUAGCGUCCAGUUUCUUUGGUGUAGCAGGUCCAAAGAAGAAUCUUUGGAGGUUGUGGGGCGUGCUUAUGAUAUUGCUUCUCCUAGCAAUACAGGUCGGUGCCAUAUACAAAUUGAUAAAGCUGCUAGCUGGGUUGACUGCCUAUUCCGUUGGAAAUAGGAGUGUAACAGCACGCUUAGCAGGUACAAUGUUCUAUUCUGCAUCAUUCUUCUCACUAGUGUUUUGUUGGAGGUUAUCAUCGUCAUGGAACAAACUAUCAGUACAGUGGGCAUCAGUCGAAAAGAGGUUAUCAAUGAUCGUGCCUAGUGAUCAAACGUUAAAGAAACGAAUGAUAAUGGUGUCGUGUCUCAUGGCAUUUGGUGCUUUGGUUGAACAUACCCUGAGCAUAUUAGCGUGUACUGAAUUUGAUACUCCACCAUCGUUACUUCUAGAGAAGUAUAUAUUGACCUCACAUGGAUUCAUACUUGUGCCAACUGACUACUCCAACUGGAUAGCAGUGCCUCUGUUCUUCAUGAGUAACAUCGCAACCAUACUAUGGGGUUUCCAGGACUUGCUUAUAGUGCUGGUCAGUAUGGGUCUGACGUCACGCUACCACAGGCUCAACCAGUGCGUUGCUAAGAUCAGCAUGCAAUAUAAAAGGGAGAAAAAGUGUUGCAAAUAUGCAGAAACUCUGCGAAUAUACACAUGGCGAAAGAUAAGAGAAUCGUACGUGAAGCAGGCAUUGUUGGUUCGAAAAGUAGAUGCCUCUAUUGGUAGUCUGAUACUCCUGUCUAGUUCUGGAAACUUCUACUUCAUCUGUCUUCAACUGUUCUUAGGAAUCACGCAAGGAAUAUCAGGAGCCGUUAUCAAGAGACUGUACUACUUAUUGUCUUUGGCUUGGCUCUGCGUUCGUUUCGGCUGUGUGGUAUUGGCGGCGGCGGAUGUAAACGUCAACUCAAAGAAGGCGUUACGUUACUUACACUCCUGCGCAAACCGAGUUUAUAAUACUGAAGUUGAAAGGCUUGCCAAGCAAUUAACGCAGGAUUUCGUUGCUUUAAGCGGAAUGGGUUUCUUCUACAUUGACAGAGGCAUGUUGUUGCAGGCCUGUGCAUGGCCACAGCAAUUGUGA